AACAACCCGUAUGUUUAACUCUAUUGGUGAUGGGCAGCAAGCCGCGGCGUCAUUCUGUAUCCACCGCGAGCACUCCCCACCACACUCACUCGAAAGAACGAAUUCACCAAGGGCGUUCCUGCUGGGUUUGUUUUGAGACCGAUGAGGAUGACGCAAUGGCCGAAUGGGUUCAUCCGUGUCGUUGUCGCGGCACAACGAUGUGGGUUCAUCAGGAAUGCUUACAGCGGUGGGUUGAUGAGAAGCAGAAUGGCAGCGCGGCCACCGCAGUUUCUUGUCCGCAGUGUCGCGCGCGCUAUCAGAUCGUCUCACCGCCACUCAACUCGUUUCUUCAGAUCAUCGACGAGACAGACAAGCUAGCAGAUGCUCUCUCUCCGCUCGCGACCGCCGGCACCCUCGUUGUCUGCCUCUAUUGGUGUGCGACGUCGUACGGCGCUCUAGUAGUAUGGCAAGUGUACGGAACACACGACGCCUCAACACUGUUAAUGGAAGUUGAUCCGAUUGUUCUUGGUUUUGUCCUACCUCUCAUUCCUAGUUUCCUCAUCGGAGCUCGAUUCAUCAACUGGCAGUUGUAUGGACUACAAGCGUGGCGACGUUAUUGGCCGAUUGUGAAAAAUCUAAUGGGUUACCAGAGCAACGAGAAUGAGAAGCGGAGGAGAGCGCCGCUACGUAAACCGGCGCAAGUCAACAAGCCAGGAGCAGAUGCCGUCAGUCUCUCGCGGUUAAUUGUUGGUGCGCUGACGUUACCGACGUGUGCAGCUGUCGUUGGAUAUUCGUUGUAUGGAGAUGUUGUGACGAGUAACACGACACGAGCCGUUUUGGGCGGAUUGACGUUUGUCGUCGUCAAGGGUUUGCUAAAGAUGUACUACCAGGAGCAGCAAUACAUUCGACAGUCAAAACGUCGCAUUAGAGACUAUCCAGUCCAUUGAAUCAUCGACGUUCUGUUCUAUAUUUUACGUAUUGCUAGCUUUUGUGUGUGCUGUACUAACAUAAGCGAUGCAUCUGGCAAGGAAAGUUGUAAUUGUUGCCAGCAACAAGUUGUAACUAGGUACACAUGUAUACAAAUGCCAAUUGCUAAAGAGUG